AGGUGAAACUGCGCACGAGCCAAACCAAAAGUGCCCGUUUAUGUGCGGGCUAUAGAUCUGUUUGCGUCUGUAUCAAGCCUCAGUCAAUAGCGCGCAGCCAGGGAACAACAGGGCAACACGAGCCGCUCAGGAGAUUGAUUGUUAAGCAACUGAUCCGGUUAAUUUCACCGAAAGUCUCAUUUAGUGCGCGCCGUGCGUACAGCCCGUUACAUUAGACAAACAACUAACACAGAAUAUUGUAACAGGCAAAUAAGUGGCGAGAUUAAACGGGCUUUGCAUUUUUCUCGUGCCUUGACAUGAAUUAUGAGUUUUAUCGCUGGUAGCUUACUCUUUGGCAGACUUGUUCAAAGCAGACACCUCCUACCUGCUCGCUCUGCCUCUCUCUCCUCUUCUCACACUUUCCCCUCAGAUACCAAGAUGGCGGCAGCCUCAUCUAUCCAGCCGCCGAGUGUUCACUCUGCUGUUGCCCGGGAGAGCGCACCACUUACCCCGGAGAUGGACAGUCCCGAGAGCCGGCGGCAAGAGGAUGAGGAGGCGGCGGUCCAGCCCUCGGAGCCCGGGGUGAGCCUCCGCGAACUGCCGGAGCUGGAGCCGGAGGAGAUCGAGAGGAGACUGGCCAAAACGCGCCAGGAGCUGAGCAACAGGAGGAAAAUCCUCAUUAAGAACCUGCCACCUGACACCACCAACCAGGAAGUCCAUGAAAUCCUGAAGGAGUACGAGCUGAAGUACUGCUUUGUGGACCGCAACAAAGGCACAGCCUUUGUGACUUUGCUGAACGGGGACCAGGCUCAGGAUGCCAUCCGCUCCCUCCACCACAGCACUGUUCGCGGGCGCUUGAUCAACGUGACCCUGCAGCCCACAGACUCUCUGCUCUGCGUCACCAACCUGCCCCAUACCUACACCGCCCAGCAGUUUGAGGAGCUGGUGCGCGCCUACGGAAACAUCGAGCGCUCCUUCCUGGUGUACAGCGAGCUGACGGGGCACUCCAAAGGAUAUGGGUUUGUGGAGUACAUGAAGAAGGACUCAGCCUCACGGGCCAGAUCCGAGCUACUGGGGAGACCGCUGGGUGACCGGUCUCUGAUGGUGCAGUGGAUGGAUGUGAACCAGCUGAGUCAGGAGGAGAGCCUUCACUCCAAAUGUGUGUGUGUGGACAGACUGCCCCUGGACCUCUGCGACUCCGAGGAGUUUACGCAGCUCUUCUCCGAGACAUACAAGCCCGUCUUCUGUCAGUUGGCUCAAGACGAGGGCAGCCCGGUGAGGGGCUUUGGGGUGGUGGAGUACGAGAGCGCGGAGCAGGCGGAGGCGGUGCUCACCGAGAUGGACAGGACCGUGGUCAUGGGGCAGGUGGUGCGCCUGUCACUCUGCUCCCCCGGGACCUCAGGCAGGAGCACACUGGCUGCUCUCAUCGCUGCACAGGGCAUGAUUCUGAGCAACAGAAAAGGACUUCUGCCAGAGCCGAACAUCGCCCAGCUGCUGACCAGUAUGACCAACCCGGCCGCCCUGCAGAUCCUCAUGAGGCCGUACAGCACUGGGAAAAGAGGAGGGAAGUUUGGUCACCACAGCAGCCUGCCGUUCCUCAGACCUCCCCUCACCACUGCACUGCUCACUCUGGGAAAAGCCCACCAGAGCGCUAUGAUCGGGAACGGACUGGUCCUUCAGAACCUGUUACACAUGCAGCUCGCCCAACAGCAGCUCCUUCACAUCAAAGACAAGCGCGUGACCUCUGUCUCCAGUCUUCUCGGGGACCCUUCCAAGCUGCUGAUGCACAAAGCCCUGUCUCUGAGGCCUCCGGGGCUGCUGUCUCUGGGGAAGGGGCUGCUGGGAGAUUCCCCUUCAGAACUGGGUCAAGAGGCUGCCCCAGUGUCCAGCCACAACAGCCCAGCGGGAGUCAUGCCUUACCUGCAGACCAGAGCCUCCACGGGGGAUCCAAACUGCACCAACCUCCCCCUCUCCACCACCCCCACUGUGUCCACCACCACAUCCUCCUCUUCCUCAUCGGGCUGCACCGAGCGACAGCCAGCGCCUCCCGGGACCAUGGUGAACAGUGGUCAGAGUUCUUUACUGGGAGAUCCACCCAAAGAGGUCCGACUGCCCUCUAAUCCUUACCUGAACCUGGCCAGCGUGAUGCCCAGUGUUGUCUUGCAAGGGUCUAUGGGGGCCAAGGCGCAGGGCGGGGCGGCAGGUGCAGCCGUGUACACCGGCCCCGUUGCUCCUGUCGCACCAGUCGCCUCUCAGACCUCCAGCUCCUUCUCCCACAGCGCGGCCACCACCAGCGCCCACCUACACACAGGCAUACACACAGGCAUACACACAUACACACAGGCAUACACACAGGAAGCCAUGCAGCAGUGGUACCAGCACUACCAGGCUGCGGCCCAGGCUCACACCUACAACACUGCCCCUCCGGACGCCACGGCGACAGACUACAAGGACCACACACAGGCUCCUCCGGUGUCUUCCUAUGCUGACUAUAAUUCCUACAUGCAGGCGGUGACUCAGUACUACUCCCAGCCUGCUACUGCCACACAGGCCUAUGCCACCAAGGAGGUGGACGUGUGCAAACCUCUGGGCGUGUCUCUCCACGCGGUGAGUAACGGCGCCGCCCCUCCCCCCGCCGUGCUCCCUGCCGCCGCGGUGCUGCCGGCGUACAGCACCCUGCCCCUGGUGCCCGGCUUCCUCGGACCCCCCCACCCCGCCGCGGCCCCACCCGCCCCCGUCGCCCACCACCCCACCGCCCCCGACUGGAGCUCCUACUACUACAACCAGGCCCGCGGGCACAAGCGGGAGUACCCCCAGCUGGCGGUGCCCGAGGUCGCCCCGUCAGAAGGCGCCUACAUCGGGCAGCACUCCCAAGGCCUGGGCGGUCAGUACGCCGACUACUUCAAGAGGAAGAGGCUCUAAUACGAACCAAACCACCGAGAAGCCUAACGCGUGUCACAGCUCCCCCUAGUGGCCUUUCUCUGGCUGUCAUGUUUGCAUCCCAACAAGUAGGUGUGUGCGGCGUGGAGAGGUUUGGGUUGCUCAUGGCUCACGUGAAACACAAAGCCAUAGUGCUCUUUAAUAUUGGCACUUAUGUAAAUUGUACGGUGGAUCUGUCCUGUUUAAGCCUUAAAUCUUGAACUCAAAUGUUGUCUUUCAGUCGCCGUUUGAGCUGUUUGAUUUUUGUAAUGUAAUGUAGUGUAAGAUAUGUUAGAACGCUGUAUAUCUGUCUGUACAUAAGAAGCUGUUCUGUCUCAAUGUCCCGUCCGUUUGGCUGCGUUCACACUGCAGAGGAAAUCGCAAAAUCAGAAACAAUACUGACAAAAUAGUGGAAAUAUCUGACUAUAAACCAAAAUUAAAAGUAUUUCAAAAUUUUAUUCUUGGUUUAACGCAGGGGUUUCGUAUUUUUAAAUCAUGACCAUGCAACCAACUCGAGAUUCUUAUUGCGAAAUUAAAUCAUAAUUUUCAUAAUUUCAGGUUGAUUUGUGUUUAUCUGUGUAGUAUGUUAUGUUAUAUGACCUAGUUGAACUCAAAUAUUCUGAUUUAAAUAGAAAAAUAUAUUAAAAUACACACUGAAAAUACUGUAGAAGGCCACAAAGCAUGUUAUGUAUAGUCAAGUAAAUACAUAUAUAAUUAUACUUCAAAAAAGUACUAUUUUCCAUUAUUCUACUUUUGACAUAUUUCCAAUAAAGUCUGAACUAUCCUGAA